AUCGCGAGAAGGAAAACAGCGUUUGUUUGUUGAGAGCGAGAAGUAAUUCAAAACGCAUUCAGUUUUGAGUUUCGCCUGAAAUCCGAGUCUCGCGACACAAACGGCGUCGCAAUCACUCGCGCGCCGACAAUAUGGGCGACAGAACGGCGACGGAGGCGACGAACGGACGCCCGAAGACCGCCAAAAGCGCCCAAACACCCGCCAAGAGGGAGAAGAGCGCGUGUCUGUCGUCGCUGUCGACGAAAACGUGUUUUUUUUGUUCGGGAUUUUUGGUCGGAGUUCUGCUUUCGGUCCUCUUUUUGGCCGCAUUUCAAAACGGCGGCCAAAGUGCGCGCAAACCGCUCCGAAGUGCGCAAAAGGGGCGGUCACUCGACGUGUCUUCGGGCGGCACUUCCGGUGCGCCGAACAGCCGAACGCCGGUCACAGCUGUCACUCAAAGUCCGACUGCGAGUCCGCCUGACGUCAGCACUGUCUCCGAGGCGGCGGCCAAUGAGAGCACACGGCGUGAGGAGUGGUCGCCAGAGGGCGUGACCGACGGCUCGACCGCCGCCUCCGCGCCGCCAAACACGACAUAUUGGACGACAGAUGUCAGCACUCGUGCGACAGAAGUGACGACAACUCAGAGUUCGUUCGAAACACUGAACGAAACGCAAGAAGUGUUGAAAACCACAGAAAGUACUGAAAGUUCUGCGAAAGAGGUCUUCACUGAAACGACAACUCUUUGGACGACUGAAGAGCCGCUCUUCGCGACCAAUGUUUCGUCGGAAGACGUGUUUGUGGCAAAUGUGUCGACAAUCGGGACUUCAGUGGAAAAGAAGGCGACGGAAACGACAACUUUUGAAGAAGUAAUGACAGGAAACACGACAACGACAGCUCUUCCUCCGCCUUCGACCACUCUUUGGACCAAUUCCUCGGAGGAAGUGAUGACCGGAAAUGUGUCGACUCUAACGACGGUUUUUCCGCUUUCGUUGAACUCUUCGGAGACUUCGGAAGAAGUGUUUUUGGGGAACGUGUCGACAAUUAAGACAUUAGUGGCGACGGAGACGACGACAGCGCCUCUGGAAUCCAACACAACAGCAAAGAACUGGACUCUGAGUGCGGAAAACGCGACGACAGUCGAGACGACGGCCAAAGAGAACGCGACGACCGAAGAGUCUUGUCUUUCGUCGCACUUCUUGUGUCCAAACGAAAGCCAUUGUCUGCCUUUAGAGCGCAUUUGCGACGGAUUUGUGGACUGUUUUGUGGACGCCUUCGACGAACACAACUGCAGUGAAAGCGAUUGCGGACUCAACUUCCGGUGCGGCGCCGCAAACGACACGACGCAAGUGCAGUGCGUUUCGCGGCGCGCGCUCUGCGACGGGAUUUGGGACUGCGGGGACGGGCGGGACGAGAGCGGGUGCGGGACGGGAAGGGAGUGUCCGGCGGGAGAGUUCUUGUGUCGCGACGGAAGCCGUUGUAUAAAAGGAAAGGAGGCGUGCGAUGGCUUCACGCACUGCGCGGACCACUCGGACGAGAUUGGCUGCGGUGAGUGGAGGGGCGGGGCUUCGUUUGGCAUCAAUAGUAACGCGUGUUUGCAGUGA